AUGAACGAAGGAGACAACGUAAAUUCUCGUUUGUACGACACAGACAGUUCUGAUAUUACCUUCUACAGCGCGGCAUCUUCUCCAGACGUAUCAUGGGAUUCGUUUACGACCGACAAGAUCGACCAAUCUUACCCGACCGUCCAGUCAAAUCGACCGACUGCCAGUUCUGAUUCAACAUUUGACUGGUUCGAAACAUUCUUCGAUCCAGCUUCUGCAGUCUGCGACAUUGACGCUGUCUUUGAAGACAUGGACCAUACGCUGUCGGACACGGAGUCCACUUUGAUAAAAUCUGAUUCCAGACACAGUGACAGACUGAAGCCCACAGCGUUAGAACUUGAUAAUAAAUUGCCAGAAGAAGUCUCGACUCCUGACGAACGCUUGGAUUUUGAUAUGGUCCUGGGCAAUUCCGGGUUUUCAAUGAAUCCCUUCAGGAAUACUCUUCAAGAUAAAAUAGUUGACGAACUGACACCAGCUCGAUGGAAUUUAGCAGCCUCUUCCGAAAACGAUAAAUCCCGGCGUGAAACAUUUGACGAUAUACCAGUCUUUCGGGCAGAAUCAAGCACCAUAGCCGAUUCAGGAGCCAUUCCUUCGGAGUCUUCAUCAUUUUCCAAGUAUCUUCCAAGUGCAACUGACAUGGAUCUCCUCACAACGGGAUCUGAAAGUGAACACACUUUGGUGCUAACACCUGACAUAACAGAACUUGCUUACAAACCAGACGUAAUUGAAUCUGCAUUGGACACUGAUUAUUUAACCCCGUCGGUGUCACCAGAUAUAACAACGUUUACGAAAGCAAAUUACGAACUAGGCGGCGCUUGUUCAAUAAAACCGUUUAUGACAACGACAAUCGAACAUGAGCAGUCAGAACAUCUCUGUCACCUCCCGAGCAUGAACCCCUUUAAUACAACCUUCAGAGAUACCUUGUUAGAUUCUGCUACGAACGUCGAUAUCAAAGAAUUUGAUCCCAUGAGCUUAAACCAAUUUUUUCCACAGUCUCAAGACGGAUGCUUUCAUGAACAACUGUCCAAGAACAAUGAAAACGACGACGUCUUUUCGAUGGAUGAAAAAAACAACGACGCAUCAGUGGAGUCUACGCUAAAAGCGGUAGUGUUGUCUCUUGGAUUAAAACAUACGCUUGAGACUUCAGAUCGACCAAAACUAACAAGAAGAGAAAACCAGUCCGAGACGCAGGACCCGGAAGAUAUACCGCUUGUUGCGGAAGCUUCUUCAGUGGAGGUCUCAGAUGACAGCACUCCCCUUCAACACACCAGACCAAUUUAUAGAAUGACGUCAUUUUCCGACAAAAAUGAAAAUCUUUGUAAGCAGCGCGAAACGGAGGCGGUCGAAAUAGCGAGAGGAGACUCACCAUAUAUGUCGCGAAACGUACAGUCCAGGAAUUCCUUGAUUUCACAAAAGUCAUCUGAUUCUACUAAGGGUCCAGUUACGAAAACUGAGAUCCAAAAAGACAAAUUAAGCUUCCCACACCCUGUCGACGACCACAAGCCAGAAGAUUCGCAAAACAAAAAUGCAGAGUUAACGAAACUUGAAAAAUCUUUGAGUGAAGUCGACACGGAGAAAUCUUCAUUUGACUGUUCUAAAUUUCCUCCAUUUCUCUUAGAUUCUUGCGAAGGAGUUGCAUGCAUUUCGACACGUGAUACUUUGAACUCUUCAAAUCGAAGUGAUAUCACCAUAACCAAUAUUACAGAUUCUUUGAACAGUGCAAUCGCUUCGAUAUCGAUCGAUGAGUCUUGCAACAAAACUAAUAAUUUACAUAUCGGGUCAACGUCUCCUUUGGUGGAAUUGCAACACUUACAUCAGAGCACACAGAAUAUAAGUGAAACGGUAACUACUAAGGUAAGAUGUACUGAUAUUUUAGAACAUACUAACAACUUAGAGACCUCCUCAAUAACUACAUCAACAGAUAUACCUAAACAUUUAAUUAACAUCGAAAUGUCUAAUAUAUAUGAAAACACCAUAGAUUCAUGUUCCGAUUGGUGUGUUCUCAGUUUAAACCAACCAAUCAGCGCAAAUGCAGAAACAUCUUCUCCCAAGUCAGACACUAGGUACAGGCCAACGAAAACAAACUCGGCGCCAUUUAUGCGAUCACGUGAUGCCUUUCAGAAGCAGUCCGAGUCGUCUUCGUCGCAAGAAAAAACAGACCCUCUUUCCAAAAGACACGACUCUGCAGAGUUCCUGAUACCAGGAAACGCAAUCAAAAAGAUGCCCAGAAGAAACUCCUACCCUUCUGCAACCAGCAACGCUUCUUUUCCAUCUUCCCUGUCAGGGGAAGGGUGCCUGGUUUUGUUCAAGGAUGUUGCUUUGGUGGGGAAAAGACCAAUAUCCGGUGAUAUGCGAGAUCAAGUUUCGGGCGAAUUAAGAACAACGAACAACAGGAGAUCUUUAAGUAAUUCGAGCAGUGAACCUAAUUUCCAUUCCUCCUUACGAGAGGGGUCAAUCUGCCUGCCCAAAAAUGCGUGGUCACUUUCUAAUCUGUUGAGAAGGGAUAUCGACCCCCCCAAAACGGUUGAUGAUCCGGGUAGAUUUAUCUCAAUACAAUCAAGAUUAAUAGCGAAUGAGGUAGAAUCAGAACAAAUUUUUAUAAACGAAGAUUCUUCGUCCGGAAAUACGCUCCAGGAUAUAUCAAUUCCUUUAUCAGAGGAUUUAGAUUCAUCUCAUAUAUGCGAUGAUCCUGUGUUUCUUUUUCCUCAAGAAAUAGACACAAUUCAGAGAGUCACAGAUUUGAAGGGUUUUGGAUCGAAUGAAAAGCCUAUACCUAAAACCCCUGAAAUUAUAAAAAAACCUGAUGAACACCUUGGCAAUUCCUUUACAUGUAACCCAAAACCCCAACAUACGCUUGUCAAUUCGGAUUACGGGAAAAAUAUCGUUAAAAGUGAGAUAGAAAUUUUCCCGGAAGCUUCAGAUUCUGCAAGUACUUCUCUUCCUGAGGCAUCACGUAACGUGUCCAAAGAACCUGUGAUUUCUUUUGCAGAUAUCUAUCCGAUGGAGAAGUUAAAUUCUUCAAGCACAGACAAUGGUCAGGAUAUCCAAGAUUUAACAAAAUCAGUUAUAACGGAGGUAAUGAAAGCCCAAAAGAGAGAUAUGGAAGGUGAAAUUAGAAGCGAUGAUUUUUCUGAGCAGGAAACCACUCUGAAACAAUCAUUUGGUCUUUUGGCAGACUCUUUUUCCUUAGAAAAGCUAAAUAAGGACAAGUUGAUAAACAUCAAACGAUCGGCCAGUUUGUCGGGAAUUAUGAAACCGUUAAAUCCAGCGGAUUUUUCUCAGAUUAAACCAACGUGUACAAAAGAUCAACAUAACUUGUUUGCUGAUCAAAAUGAGUCACUAAAACAUAGCGUCGAUUCAUGCAGUGUGAGGGGACGGAUCAGUUCCGGAAAAGAAGCAAUCUUGUCUAGUUCAGACGAGACGGAUUUCGUACGGUUGGAAACUGCGUCGGGUGUGGGCAAAGAUUCGAAGCUUUCCAUAACUGACACCGCUUUACCGCCAGGGAAAAUAUCUGACACGGAUAGGGAUCUGAGAACACCGACCGUCAUUAAACAUCAGCCGGGGCUGACCCAAAGAAACAAUGACACGACAACUGGGGCGUCAGGUGAUCGGACACAACAUUUACAGAUUUCUUCAAUUAGCGAUUGUUCAGGGGAAGCGUUAAAAUCCUCUGAUCAAUGCCGUCAGCUGGAAACGAAGAAUCCGUUUCAGUUUCCUAUAGGGAAUUCAGAAACGCCCGACAAAGAGGAUAUCCGUCGGAAAGAGAUAUUUCUUCAUCCAUCUGAAACGGCGUUUUCUCAAGAAUUAUCGUCGGGAUCCUAUUUUAGAGAAACAGAAAAAUUCUUCGACGCUUUAACGACCCAGGACGAAUUAAAAGAAUCUGCCGUUUCAAAAAGCUCACAGGAUAUAAUCGCCCCCGCUCCAAUCAGCUGUUCUCUAAGCGAAACAUAUUCUAAACACAAGUCAGAGGUUGACCAAAUAACAGGCUUUGUUCUGAGUGAAACUAACCAACCAGACAGUGACUAUUCAGACCGUAGUGUUGAUUGUGAAAGACUUAAACUGUUUCCUAGACUAAAUCACAAUACAGACGACAAACCUGUGAAUAAAAUGUGUAAUUUCUUGCUUAUGCUGACUGAAGAGUCAAAAAGCUGCCUUGAACCAGAAACAACGGAUGACAAUAUCUUUGCUGCAAGACAACAUUCUGAUACGUCCCAUGCUAAUCAAGCCCCUGUUAGCGACACUGCAGAUGGCUGUCAAAAGCCCAUGUGUUAUCCAGUUAAGAUAACAUCUGAACAUGAUCUGGAUUUUAUCGCAGAAGCGAAAGAUAAAGACAAGACAAGACAAACUGAAUCUGACACCAACGAAUCAGUAGAAACACUGCAUGAAAAUUUGGCUGAUUAUAGAUCAUUGCCGAUAUUAGAGCAGGAAGCAAGACUACCGUCAACUGUAGACGACGAUUUGUCACACAAAUCAGUUCUAUCCGAGGUGAUGCUGACUCCAGUGUCAAACAGAAGGCUGGGUUCAACAAGCAUUAAACUCGAAGCUUGGGACGCAAAUCGAAAUUAUACACUUGAUGAAAAUGAUCAGUCGUUCUUAAUCUGUGAAGAAACCCGAUCAAAAAGUAAUCUUGCGAGUGAAAGAGAGUAUAAAAAGAAAACCCUUACACCGGGAUCAGAUUUGACCCGUGGAUCAACAGAUGAUGACAGUUUAAUUGGCGAGGUUGAUACACCGUUUGAGACAAAUCAAUAUUCAUUUGAAACAGCGAACACGGAGAAAUCAACACCAGUUUUAAGCAAAUCAGAAUGGAGUCUAAAUUAUCAAAAUAUAUCUAUUGAGAAGAGAUCGAAGUCUUUUCCAGUUCUGAGUGUAAAAUAUUCCUCACAUAGUAAAGUACAGCGGACCAACCUAAUUGAUUUGAAUAAAGAUAAGAUUUAUGCGUCGGCUGAUACUGUUCAAGGUAUCAAGACUCCCGACUUCCUAGCAAUAAGCAAAUUCCAGAUGGAACAGCCUUCUUUAUCAGGGAUCCAACUUGAAGAGACAAGUAACAUGACGGUUAAAGAACCAUCGAUUCAAGACAUACAAGUUACAUGUAGAUCAAAGAGGACAAUCACACUAGAAGCAGAGCGGCAAACUCCGUCUCAACUCAGAUAUUCCGAAUCUCAAUUUCCAUCCCAGCGACUUGAACAAAGGAGGACGGAUCUAGCUACUACUUAUAAAGAAAGAUCAACUACGGCAGUCGAGGCCAGGCCAGACGUUACCGCAGGUUACAUAAUCCCAUCGGUGAACAUAGUUUCACCAAAGUGGUCUGAAGACGUUUUAAUAUCGCCUGAAUGCGAAAGUGUCGCGCAAGAGGAAGGGAAUAGCACAUGCGUUGUUUUGGAACCUAAGUCAGCAAGCAGUUCUCUCCCUUCUAGGACUGAUUCAUCUGAAGAGAAUAUUUGCGAUGUCACCGACCAGGACUAUGUACUUGAAGAGAGAGCGAACGAAAACAGACUGGUGGAAUUAUUCUCUUGUUGCUGCUGCUAUCUUCGCGUUGAGAGGAGCCGGACGGCAUCUGCUGAAAGUUCGCAAACUAUGUCAUAUACGUAA